AUGGCUGGCGAAACUGGCGACGUUCGCGAAGGUUUUGAUUGGGUCCGCGAAGAGCUCGUACGCGUGUUGAAGAGCAGGCGACGGCCGCUCGAGGUUCCUGGAUAUUUGGAGGCGAGCCGGCAGGAGAGCAGCGAGACACUGGCAGAUGGUCGCAUCCUCGUGUGUCAAGACAUUGAUCUCCUUACCGAGGAGGGCGAGCAGGGCCGCAUGCCUGUCACUAUAAUGAGUCUGCUUGUACCGGAGCACAACAAUACAGAGAAGGAGCAGGUGGAAGGGCAUGGGCGGAGGGCGGCAGUGAUCCUACUGCACAGCACGGGCAAGAGCAAAGAGGCUCUGCUGGAGAGACAGAAGGAACUGGCGUGCCUCAAUCUCAUCGCCAUCACAUGUGACCUUCGCUACCAUGGCGCACGUGCCUCCUCUCCUUCUGCGUACUCCGAUGCAUUGGUCAGGGCUUGGAAUUCAGGCCAGGAGAUGCCAUUCGUCUUCGAUCCGGUACUUUCCAGCUGCCUUUCAGGCCUCGCCCCUCCUCCCAUCCCCCCCCAAUGCAGGUGUGAGAUGUGCCUCACCUGCUGGAUUAUCUCACAGCCGCUCACUGUACUGUCAUUGAAUCGACCUCUCUCCCACCUGAUUGUCUCAUCGCUAUCUGUUCCCCGUCUCUCCUCCUCGCAUCCCCCCCCAUCCAGGUGUGGGAUGUGCUUCGCCUCAUGGUCUAUCUCACAGCCGCUCACACGGACACCAACGGCCCACUCUCACUUUCCUGUGCCUGUUCAUCUUCCUCCCCUCCGUGCCAUCCAGGUGUGGGACGUGCUUCGCCUCAUGGACUAUCUCACAGCCGCCCACUCUAACUACAUAGACCCCUCGCGCAUCGCCAUCACCGGCGUCUCCCUUGGUGGUACGCUCUCCUUCCUCCUCCCUUGA